ACCGAUUAUGGCAGCAUCUCAGCACACACGGUACUGUAGCACAACGCGGCCGGCGGGCCAGUCGAUCGAUGGUCGCCGUGUGCCGCCUGCUGCGACGCGCGUAUUGAGGUGGAACGCAUAGACGGUUUCACUGGAACGAGCCGGGCGGCCCUGGAUGGGACAAGCGGUCACAACGUGCUUUGACCAUGGGAUGCCACCGCGACCUGCCGCAAGGAUAUCGCCGGGAGUCAUGCCCGCCCUUGUCCACAUGACGCUUGAGCAAAUUGAAACCACAUGCGGCGACGGCGACGUCCUCUUGUGUCGCGAACUCGUAUACAAUCCUCACAUCAUGACGACGAUGAACCCUGUCGUGGUCCACGGCAUCGCGACCGCCGCGGUCUCGGGCAACUUUUCCACCAAACACCGCGAUCUCCCUGCCUGGACAUCUUGUGGUCUACUCCUUCGGCUCCAGGCAAGCUUGCAUGUCCUGGAAGCCACCGGCGCCGACAUCCGCGUCACGCCACUCAAGCACAAGAUCCACUCGAUGAAGACGGCCACUCUGAAUCGAUUUGCCAUCCGCCGGCUACAACCCUCGACUGGCGAUGUCCUUGGCGCACUUCGCCGCCAUCUUGAAACUAUCGCAGCGAAGACUCCGUGUACCUGGCAGGACGCAGCUACAUCCGACGACCCCGAAUUCCGUCGCAUUGUAACCCGGGUGUUGGAUCUUGUUCGAACCAGCGUGGCUUCACUCACUGCCGCUGAGCUCGACAUGGUCCGCUAUGCAUUCAACAAGGUCGACGUGGAAUGUCUUGGGUGGCUCUUUCUCGAAGACUUCCCGAAGGCUGCUGCAGAGAUCGACGGCAUGGAGCUGUUCAAGCGCCACCCGACGUGGCAGGAAGCUAUUGCGACUGCUUUGCGCACAGUAGACGCGACGAAAUUCACCGCCGAUACGCUCGUUGCUGCUGCCCAGUCCAUUUCUCGACGGCACAUCUCGUCCGAAUACGAUGUCACGCUCUACUGCAGCACGGCCCUUGUCGUGACUCUGUUUGAAGCAGUUCAACUGCUCGACCGAGUGGACUGUGGCUCGGUGGAAAUGCCUGCGCUUGUGCCGUUGGUCUUUGCAGAGACAACUUUUACGGCAUUCCAGGGACUGGCCGUCCGCCCCGACAAGGCGACCCUCGGCCACGAAAUCCACAUUCUGCCGCCCGUAACAGCACAUCCCGACGAUGAAACAGACAUGAACCUCAUCACGAUCCUUCAGCGAUCGUGGCGGUCGUGGCAGGCAUCUUAAUGCUCCAUGGUCUCGAUGACGAAGUGUGCACUUUUGUUCAAUGAAUGAUUCGAGGCGUAAAGUUCAGCGUGUCUCGUGGAGCUCCCGUCAAAACGAUGCCGCCGCACGAUGGGGAACACAAGGUCGAACGUCGCUCCAGCAUUG